CUCCGUCGAGGCGGACCCAGGUGCCCGGCGUCCGCCAGUCGCCUGUUGCUAGGCCUGCAAGCAGCGGGGUUGAGACUUGGCCGCGUGGCCGCUGGGGCGGCGGUGCUUCGUCCCACUUUAUUUUUGUUGUUCCUUCCUUUCGUUUUCCUUUUUGACUUUGGUUUUCUUGGGGCGUCACCGAUGUCCGUUUCCCAAUCUCGGCGACGUCGUCCUGGAUUUUUUUUGUGCAUCGCUCUCCGCAAGUGACAAUGCAAAAACAGUUCGACCGGUGAAAGCUGCUUCUGCUACGCCGGCUGGCACCGGCCCGUAUCGUCUGCUAUACCGAGGUGCGCGCGUCGUCUGCUUCGAGCCAACGGAAAGAAAGAAAGCAGAUAGAACAGCUCGUCGCAUGCGCUCAGGCCGGGAAAGAGCUUUCUCCCGAACUGGUGACGUAACCAAGGGUGAUGUGACCUGAGAUCCUCGUGGGCGCUGUGAGUGUUUUCGUGCGUGCGCCUCCUCGUGAUCGGCGUUGUUUUCGAUGUCGCAGUAGCUGUGUCGGGAAACGACGCAACUGUUCUUUGUGGCCGCUCUUGGCAUUCGCUGCUCCGUAAAAGUUGGGCAGCGAAGAAAUCAACGAAUCCGAGACGGCCGUUGCAAGGUGCAACGCAGUGAUUCUCGAUCCGACUGAAGUGGUGCGCGAAAACAAAAUAAAAGAAAUAUACACACAUAUGUAGUGCGCGGUUCGGUCGGGUGUGGAUUACGACGCCGGACGGAUUUCCUUGCGAGUUGCAGUGAGAAGAGCCAUCCGAAAGACGUCGGUGACCUUUCGUUAGUGCAGCUGGUGGAAUCGCACUGCAACUGAGCAAGGCUACUCGGCAUCUGCAGUCUCGUGCUGUUAACAAGGGCUUGGGCAUACGUGCACCGUCUGUGAAGUCGGAGGCCACCGAGUCGGAGGCCACCAACAACGCGCGCCGGAGAAGGAGCACGAUGAUCGCGACUAUGUCGUCCAACCCAGCCAGCCGUGCGACCAUUUCGACGACGCGUGAGGGAGCCUGACGUCAGCGGGGAUUCAACCCAAAGGAUCUGGGCGCCACAUAAUCUGCCGCCCUCUGUCGGUGAAUCAGCGAACCACUAGGCAGAGGAGGGCGAGGAAGAAGCGGAGCGCAGUGGCUGACACCGGGUGGGCCGAGCCGUGGGUUGCCCAGAGGGCGUCUUCCUGUUUGUCCUCGACGCUGCGAUGUUCUUGGGUUUGGUUCCGUGGCCAGGCUCGCUGAUGGCCCGUUCGCAUGGCGGGCUUCACGAAGCACCUCAGCACGCACGUCUACUUCCACAUGGACCGGACGGGUGCGUCUUCCUCCUCGUCCGCAGCGGCCCCAGCGAGCAGCAGCAUGACCGGCAAGAAGCCCUCGGGCAGCCCGCGACUGCACGGCACGGACUCGGGGGCGGCACCAGCCUCGCGCCGGUCGCGAGACACCGCCACCCGGACGCGAACGAGGAGCGAGGCCACCGAACCGUGCAUCAUGCCCUCCUCCGUGGCACCGUCCCGCUACGACCCGACGAGUGCGGACUGGGACGAGUUCGACUACUUCUGCCAGAGCCCGUACCUGCUGUCCGUGAGCGAGCCGCCGCCGACCAGGGAACGGUUCAAGCGCCGCCUCUUCCGGCGCUCGCAGAAGUACUCCGACCCACCGUCCGCGGGGCCGGGAUCCCAGAGGCACCUCGACCAGCCGCCGCCGCAGACGAGCGCCGAGAGACUACGGUGCAGCAGCCGGAGCACCGAGACGAUGCUCGACUGGCAGCAGCCUGGGUCGGCGGCCAGGCGCCAGGGUUCGAGCCGGCGCUCUGCCGCCGCGCCCAACUCAUCCGGGUCCGUCGUCCCGGGUUCGCAGCGGUCCCUGCUAAGCGACCCCGACGAAGACGAAUUCGGAGCCGCCGACGAGCCUGCCUCACCGCCGCUGCCUCCGCCGCUCCCGCGGGCACCGCCGCCCUACGAGCGACAGCAGCAGCAGCAGCAGCAGCAGCAGAUGCCCGACUGCGUCAUCAUUUCCUCGCGGACCAUGGACCGUUUCCUGCCCUCCUUCGGACAGGACGUGUGCGAAAGCGGGCAGUUCGCGGGCUCGGCGGGCAGCGGCGGCACGACGUCGCCCCGCCUGUCUUCCUCGGUCGGCUCGGUGUCCGUGGAAGUGUCCGAGACGACCAACCGCAUCGUGGUGGACUUCUGCGAGAACGCGGGCUUCACGUGCCACGACCUGCCCUCGCCCACCACGGAGCUGUCGCCCAUGCCUCGCGACUGGAUCGCCAUGCAACUGGGAAGGCAGCGGCAGGCAUUCGCCUGGCUGCAGCAGUCUUCCUCCUCCCGAUGCGUGCUCGAGGGACUGCUGCUGAUGAACGUCGAAAGGAACAGUCAGUUCCCGUUCGUGACAUACCUGGUGUGCGACGCGGCUCGUUGCGACCCGCUGCGGCUAAUAAUGCAAAUGGAGAGCCACCACGAUGCUGGUCCCGAGGGAGAACGGCUACACCACACAGCCGUCUACGACGAAGUGGCCACCAUCGCCAGGCCUCCCGUGGACGGGGUGCCGCGGAAGCCAAGCUCAAGCAAGACGGGCUACAUCCUCUCCGCCUUCCGGGUCUUUCCGGGCGAGGACCGAGAGAAGCUCGACCGAUCCUGGCUGCUGUGGACGGGCGCGCGCCAGAUCUACCGGCGCCUCCCUCCACACCUCGGCCUGCGCCGCAUCACCUUCCACAAGAAGAUCUGCCCGCAGGACCACGGCAUCACGUACGUGCUGCUCUGCGAGUGCCCGACGCUCAUGGACUACGUCUCCGAGGCGUGCGUGCUCGUCGACCAGCUACGGGCACGGUGCUGCGGUUACACGGCCCUGUACAGGGUUGUCGACUCCUUCUGAAGGACAGCGCCGACACUGACUGCGGUGUCACCGUACGCGGGUACUGAAUCUUGCUCGGCCCCCGGCGGCCAAAGCGGCUCUGCCAUUCAUGCAGUGGCUCUGAAAAAAAAAGUUGCCGGGUGCCCACUGCACUUGCAUUCAUCGCCUUUCUACGGGAGAUUUCGACCGUCGGACAGGAAGCGGAAUUUCCACCACCGCCUCCGUUCAGAUGAUGGACGGAGUCGUGGGGGAAAACACCGACAACGCAGCCUCUGAAGCACUGUUGGGAUGAACGGAUUCAUUUUGUGAACUCGAGCCGCUGCAGGUGCCUUGCGCAAACACUGUUGACAAAAAAAAACGCUAUUUCAGUUUAAAACGCCACAAUGACCGUUACUUUUGAAAUCCACGUUACUUUCACAUCCCCGAAUCUUUUCACCAUGUAGGGUACAUUUGAGAUCGCAGUGGAAAUAUUAUUAGCAGGGCAUUUUUUCGUGGAAUAUGCUAGAGAACACGUUGAAAAUUCGUCAGUAGCCUCUUCCCUGUGACAGGCGAUCUAGCUGUGGGUGCAAACUGAAGACAUGGCAGCGAAUAGUGUAAAUUCAAAGCCCGAUAGUAGUGCCGCCUUACGAAAGAGCGCGUGAAGCAGAUAUGUCCGUGGCAGCUGCCGCAUCUGCUCACGUCGGUGUAAGAUUAGACGACAAUGAGUGCAACGCCGGCGUAUCCAGGAGGUUUCGCCUUCCUGUAAUAUCUGCGAACCCGGAACCUUGGAAUAACACGUGAUCUGUGACAUUUGGCAACAGUUCGGCCGCUCUAGGAAAUGCUGCGACAGGACCACCAGAUCAUGGUAAAGAUGACGCUCUAUGAUGAUUCUUGAGGACGUUACUCAGUAGUUUCAAGAGCAUUGACUUUACAUAGCGCAGGCGUUAUUAAGGAAGUGGUAUAAGCAUUUACACUUCACACGACAAAGCAUAGACUGUGGCGAAAGGCACAUAGAGCUUCAUUGCAGCUGCUCCUUGAAGCACCUGUUUCGGUUAGAUCCGGCACCAGCGAGUGCAGUGAGAUGGACAUUGUCCUCUUGACUGUGUAUGACAUAGUUCUAGAUGCCUGCUUUUCCUAGCGAUUGAAGUGCAAGUGGUUCACGGGAUCAGUGCCAACACAUGAACUGCAGUGUGCGUUCAUCCUGUUACGAAUCUCGUGCUUCUGCGAAGCUGUGUAAGUUCGAACCAAAGGCUAUUGCAGCCACAGCGUGGGUGCCUUCUGCAUGUUGCCUCAAUGUAACGGGCCGUAAUCCUUGUUUAAAAAAACGUGCACUGCAUGCCUCUGACGUAGCGAUAGCUUCAUAUCGCGUAGCUUAUCGACGCGCGUUCUGUGUUUUAUUUUCACCUUUUUUGUUUUUUCUUUUUUAGAUAGGACGUACCUAUUUGAAAUGCUGGUUUAAUACUUUCACUCAAGACUGUUACUUCAUUGUUGGCAUUGACUUUUCACGGCAGUCUGAUGAGAAAGUCCUGAAAGAAUAUUUCAAUAAUGGAAGAAACAGGAAUUUGUGUACAGAAAACCUGCAUGUUAAAGCCGCGUUGAGCUUUACUUUCUUAUGACAUGCAGUAGUAUUCUGUCGACGCGACCAAUGUGACAGGAUUUUUAUUGCUGUGCGCGAUUUUCGUCGAGCAAUUUGCGCUCAUGGAAACAUAAAGGAGUGUUUUGAUGUUACAAAUAUAAAUAAUCACAUUCAUUCACAUCGAAAACGCUCAGGGUUAGAGGAUUCGAGAAUGCAUGUAAACGCACGCAAUUGUAAGCCUAAUACUCGCGAUUCAAAUGUCUUGCAAAGCACUGAGGGCCACAUAACAAUAAAACAUCGUCAUAUGAUGUCACAACGUACAUUGUGUCUCCUUCCUCAAAUGACACAAACGAAUAAAAAUUGCAGCAAGCCUGCUUUCUGCACAACUCAUAAAGUUGAGGUGCGUGACCAACCGUAGCUUUUGUUGAGUCCCCGUAACAAUCCCGUAGAGCUGCGAAUCUUAAGAAAUAUGAUUUUCGUCACAAAACUUAAACUGCAUAGGUGACUGACGGAGCUUGCAAAUGCACCGUGCCUACGUAUACUGAACAGCCUAUUUGUGAAGAGAAAGUAACUUAGCUCAGAUGGCAUUCAUGUUAUUAAGAGGAACACUAAUCGUAGCAGAACAACAUUUCUUCAAGAACUGGCUUUAUUGUCGCUGUUUUGGGCAGAAAAUUGCGACAGGUUCAGUUAUGAAUACAUCCGCACCAAAGGAAAGCUACAACUAAAUUCAUUCUGCUGCGUUCUCAUCCAGAAUAAUCUAUCAGCAGAAAGUUACGCUUUGGGUUGGAAUAAUUUUUUGUAUUUCUGUGACUUUCAUAAGAACACGCAGAUCGCUUUAAUAUUAAAGGGAAAAAUCAGACAUUCACCCGUUCGUAGCAGCUGAUACAAAGGAAACCCAUGCGGGUUCCUCGAAAGAAAACCUCGCCAUUGAAGAAAAAUUCGUCCUGGUCCGGGACUCGGCCCCGGAACCACCGCCUUUUCGGGGCAGCCGUUCCACCAUCUGAGCUAACCAGGCGGCGAGCAGAUGGCCGGCGAAGUCGAAUUUGUCAGCAACUCGAAGCGAAGGCAACAGUUUGACGUAAUAGUUCUGCGGAAACCUGAAAGGUGGAGAGAAGUAAAAUAUUAAAGAGAAAAUCAGGCAACCACCCCGUUCGUAGUAACUGCUACAAAGGCUUCCUAGAAAAAAAAAAAUCGCCCUGCCAUCGCCCUGCCAUCUGCUGGCCGCCUGGUUAGCUCAGAUGAUAGAGCGGCUGACCCGGAAAGGCGGUGGGCCCGUGUUCGAGUCCACGACCAGGACGAAUUUUUCUUCAACUCCGAGGUUCUCUUUCGAGGAACCCGUAUGGGUUUCCUUUGUAGCAGUUGCUACGAAAGGAUGGCUGUCUGAUAUUCCUUUUAAUAUUUUACUUCUCUCAAACUUGCGGGUUUCCGCAGAACUUUUACGUCAGAUCUCUUUAAUAUAUUACAUGAUUCUGUUGGACACCUUUAAUGUGGCCUGCUGUUCAUAAUUGUUGACACGUUCGUGCAAAAUUGUAUUCAUUAGUUCUCGCGUUAAGGAUUGAAAGUUGUACUAAUUGAUGUGGAUUCACACUGGUCAAAUGGUGCCACGGAUAAUGACAUGCCGGACACCAGAGUUCAGAGUAGGCACUUGUGUCCUGCGUGUCUUUGUCUGUAUUCGUUUGUAUUCUGUGGUACCAUUGCAUCAGUAUAGUUAUGGCGUAAGAUAGAAAAGAUAGAGCGAAAAAUAAUGCUCUCUUCGACCCAGUGUGCAUUAAUUACGUUACAGCUCUGCCGGUGUUCCGAAGAGUGAGCUAAGCGAGGAAGCUCGAAAUUAAAGAAACGUAGAGAGGAUGCUGAUAUUAUCAAGCAUAAGUUCCUUCUGAUGCCAAUGUUGAGAAAUGCUUGCUCGUCGAGAAAACUAUCCAAGUUUUUUCUAAGGACGCUAUAAAAACGUUUACUCUAAAAAAACAAUGUGGAUCGCCUCAGUACAUUCACUGGAAGUUAAAGUUACACUGGAAGCAUAGCGCGCAGAAAAACGAACCACAAAGACCAGAUAGGACAAGCGCUUGUCCAUUAGCGCUUGUCCUGUCUGGUCUUUGUGGUUCGCUUUUCUGCGCGCUAUGCUUCCAGUGUAACUAUGUUUACCAACCAGCCCAAGCCUAUAUUCUUCGGAAGUUGAAGACAUUGAAAUCGUAAUAUAUAUAGCAGAAAUACUAUACAUUUCCAGUUCAUGAAAUCAGGAAUGCUCAUGAUGAUCUUUUUUGUGGUUAUGUGAGGUUUCGCUAAGAUUGACUUGAAGCAGGAGCUUCAAUUUACACUAGCCACAUACCUCAAGACAGGGUGAGGUUAUGUUUUAGCGGGGUGUAAUUAUAUGUUCACUCUGCAAAGUAAUCAGGAAGAAUUCAAACAUACGGAACUGCCUUAGUUUCCUGUGAGGCUUAGUCGACUCCCACAAAUAACAUAAAAUGUGAACAGCUAAUUGCAGCCUGGAUGCCGGCACUCUUCCGCAGCGCUCACUCGGAAACAGCUGAGAUCAGAGACGGCGCACAAGGAUGAUGAAUGUGCUGUAAGAAAUAUUCCUCACACGUACUACAUCUUUCUUUGGUUGACGUCUUUUACGUUGUGCAGCAUGUACGUAGAAUGUGACAGUCGCAGAUACGUCGUUGUUUGCUAUGCUAAAUCAGUGCUUGGCGUUCCCCGAAGCUUCAUCUAAGAAUGUAGGCGGCACCGUAAAGUACACGCUUUCAAGAAACAGAAGCCUCUAGAGCCUCCAUAGUGAGCCUUGGGCAUCUGCGCAUCGCAACAUAGCGGCAGUUUGCACGUGGAUCCCUUUGUGUAGCUUUGCAUUAGCACACUUUCUAUGGCCUUGCUCUGAGCUUCGUCACCCACUACCAAGAAUAUCGGGGCAGAGCUGCAGUAUCGUAUACCUACGCGAAUAACGUUGUGGCUCAUUUAUCACAGUGAGCUCAUUGUAGUAGAAUGAGUCACGUGGUGCAAAUGAACCACUGCUGGUAAAAUGCUCGUAACAACUCUCCCACGUUCGACCGAAACAAAAGAGAAUAGAUGAAACUUAUAGCGUUACGAAAGUGUUCUUCGAAUCAAUUGUUUUCGUCCUAUUGCGGUUGCUUACAUAACAAUACACUAUAAAGAGACAAAUUAGGUGAUAUUACGAAAUAUAAAAGUGUAACUGACUCCAAAGAUUAAGUCGAGGUUCUUCCGGUACAGGUAAACUUGUGCAGCUCUGCCACUUGAAGCAAUCCUGCUUCGCGCUUCUUGACACCCACGUGCACAUGACGUAGCUGGGAUCAGACGAACAACACGCAAAUCACACGCACCUUACUGUGUCCCCAACGUUUUGUCCUUUUGUAGCAUCUCUGUGCGUGAACAUUUUUGCUUUUCAUCCCAUUGUAGAAGCUUGUACAUUGCAGUGUUUAGACGUCGCCGCCUGUUCCUUCAUUCUCGGUAAAGCGUGACCUUGAUUUUACGAUAAUCUAUUGAACGUGCCUCUUAAGCUGAACACUGUACACGAUAUAUUGCUUGGUCAGAGACUGGGUACUUUGCUGAAGCUGGCAUGGGGCUAUCGAUGGCCGUUACAAAUUAUUUCCUGAACAGCCCAUCCAAUAUUUCGUAAUGAUCGGGUAGCCGGUAAUGUCAUAAUACACGGAGGACCACUUAACCGAAUGACUUCGAACACGCAAUAAAUGCAGAGUGACAGUGCGCACUGUUGCAUUUACGUGUUUACAAGUUUCGCACUAUGCAACGAAAGCUGAUCUUAAUUACGAAACGCCUCAAACUUUUAUAAAAUUUAUACGCUUUAUAGAAGGCGCCAGUGUGGAAUGUAGCCAUAAAAAUAGCGUAGGCAAACAGCCUGACAGGUGCUUUGAAACGGCUGACAUAUGGAGAGUGAGCAUCAGCGAAUGCUUUUUCUUGCGGAAAUUGAUGAAAUGUGUAUGUGCAAAAAAAAUGCAAGAAAACUACACUUCACCAAUUGCAUAAACAUGGCAUUUCGUUAAGCGUAUAGCUUCAUUUUUCAAAUUAUUACCGAAUAUAAAGCGAUAAUUUUCAAUGUCGCAGCUACAAUAACCCAUUAGCCGAUCGCUAACGACUGUAACACGUUCACUUCUUCAACCUAGUCUAAGUAAUCUGAAUUUGUGACCACAAUUAUUGUUUCGUUUUAAAUUUCGGUAGUUCAUCAGUCACGAGCCGAAAGUAAAAGCCAUUUGGUGGGUUUUGUGGUGCCCUCUUAACAUAAGCAAACUUUCACGGUUACCAAGGCUACAAUUUGUAAUAGGCGCGAGCUCACGACGCAUUGUUUCCUUCUAAACGGAGACACACAUGUUUUCUUAUGUGCACCGAUCAACCAGCAGUGCGCGACCACCUAAUUAAACUACGAUGCAGCUUAUCGCCGAUUUAUCGAGGGGCGCGAGCUCAAGAAUAAAUGUCAACAGUAAAUGGUAUAUUCCUGAAAUGUUCUUCAGAUCUUGUUUUCGUUGUUGCGUUUUUAUAGUGAUCUUUAUUUGAUGGUACGCCGUGUUCCUAUCGCGAAAUGUUACGUAGCAUAUGUUGCUUAGUGAGCUCUUAGAAUUAAGGCGAUGAGAAAUAAUUUAUUAACUUUGAAGUAAAGAAAAACGUCCACUAAAUCCUUAAGAACAUGCUUUAUUUAAAUAAUUUAUUAUUCAAUUCUUAGAAUUAUUUGCUUUUCUGACGAGGCUCAAUUUCACGUCCAAUGUAACGCAGUUUAGUGUAAAGAUAAGACUGUUUUAUUUGAGUUACAGUGUUUAAAGUAAUGAUGAUGUGCAAACGCAUAGGAAUACGAAGACAUACAAUCGCCCAAGAAGGUCAUUCUCUCCCGAAGAUUUCGCUGCUUUUGACAGCUACUCUAGUCAAAUUUUUAAUUUCUACUAUAUAUUGUGCAAGUCAAAAUAAAGUCAUGGGCGUGUGUAGUUCUGAAAGAGAAGCGUACUGAGUGUACAUAAAGCAGUGUACGUGAAUCUGUGAAGUAUGUUCUUUGGGUGUGCGACAUGCCUAGAAUUUCGUCGUUGAUUGACGAAGGUUUCGAGUUUACUCCUGAACUGCUGUCAAUAUGCUAACUACUGUAUCUCACAAUGUGCUGCGUUAACGGUAAACACUGGUUUGAGAUGCGCAUAUGGUUUGAGAUACAAAUAGAUAACGUGCAGACCGAAAAAUGAGGAUGAUAUCUCUGCUGAGUAAAUUGUGCCCCAUGUCCCCAUGUGCCACGUCUUAUCCUAAAGCAGGCAACGUAUUCUCUUUCACUCAGGGAAGACAUCUUCAACGCCUAUAGCGACACCAGUAAAGUCGCAAUUAUUUUUUUUUAAAUUGUGUCGUGUCGUUUUAUAACGCUUAAGGCUGCAGGCGUGCUUGCAUGGCAACCCUACCUGAAAUAGACUCGUAUACUACAAGUGCAAUGGAAGCAAUGCUAGUGCAUUGCGAUGUUGCUUUCCUCUGCGAGCAGUGUAUUGUUUCAGAUAAGUCGUGCUGUCUUGCUUAAGUACUUGUGCGAUUGGAGUGCUAAUAGGCACCGUUCGGCAUGCUUUCGCAGAUAAGUAACAGGCGAAAUUCGAAAGGGCGAAGUAGUUUGCGUCGCACUUCUAACAGACUGGUUGAACCGGGUGCUUCUUGUUACCGUUAACAAGAUUUGGAAUAAAGAAAUGGUUGCGGCAUAUAUGUUUGGUGAUUGAGCUAAAUCGGUCAUUACGUGCAAAAGAAAUAAAUGCACAUGAACUACUAAUUACCGACUGUCGAGUAAUCAAAUUUUUAACAAAGCAGUUUAAGGUACGUACUGUAAUUUACGAAUUGAAGCCAGUCGUUCCACAAGGUUCAUCCAUUUGCAUCACAAGUGAAACUAGUGGCUGUUUUGAGAUACGCGCUGUGAAACGUAUGGUAAAGUUUCACCUUCUGUUUCAGUAAAACUCUUUUUUAUGCGCUGAAGUUAAAAGUUAACUGGAACGCCAACAUUUCGUCGCACACUUCGGGAACGUAAUCUCCAACCUAGUUUUACCCUCAUAAUUGGUUUUAUUGGGUGAAUACUUAGGAACUCAAUUCGUAAAUUGCAAUAUCUAUAAUGAAGUGUUUCUGUUGAAAGGUAAUUAGGAAGAUUACUGUAAGCAGUCAAAUAUUUAUUUCUAUUUCUCGUUAAACUAAUGUGCGCCUUUUAGAGUAAUCAAGCUCAAGACACACAAAGUAAUACUACAUGAAACAGCAGGUUUAAAAACUCUCGUUAAGAAGCUUUAAAAUACAUGAUAUAUCUGGAGUGGUAUAGGCAGGGUUCCCCUGCAAACCUGCAGUCAAGCUAUGUGCAAAAGAGGUGGAAGAAAUACAGGAAACGCCCACGGAGGGGAACAUUCGUGCACAUUUUAGUGCAUAAGAGAUUGUGUAGAUGUCGAAGGAAAACAUCAGUAGGAUUUAAAUUUGGUGCGUGAUGUAGACAUAAUCCUGCUGCACGGUAAUAGUCAUUCUUCCGCUGUCUUUUGCACAAUGCAAGUUUUGACACGCAAUGUAUAUUUGUGUGCGUUCUCUUCGUCGAUCCGAUUCUGUCGCCUUAUAACUGCGACAUCAUUUUGAACAGUAAGCGAAAGACAUUGCAAGGAAAGCGUUUUAAAUUGGAAUGCAAUGAAGAUUUCGUUCCUGCGUUCCGCUGUCUCGUACAUCUUGUCUGUAUUUGCUGUCUUCCGCGAAGAAUUGCUGUUCCUUAACUGAACUAGCAUGACUUAAAUGAAAGUGCUUUUGGGAAAUGACAUUAGGGAAUUUUUCUUCCUCAAAAUAGUCCACGUUUGAUGCACACUCUAAUUUACGCCAUCUUGACGAGUCCGCGCAAGCCAACUGCAUAUUUAAAUGAAUGCCUCAUUAACGUGAAGAUUGCUUCGCAUGCUCUUGUGUGCACAUGUCUAAGAACCAUAUGUGAAAUGUAUGCUGGGUGCCAUUUUGUUAAUGCCUUGCCUCCACUUAUGAUUCAACAGAAAAAAAUAACAUACAGUAUACUACCUGUAAUAAAUAUUUGAAACAAGUCUAAUGCGGCCAUGCUGCUUUUUAGAGCCGGCUGUUGGUGUUGUUUGCUGAUGUAUCAUAGCAUCGCUCGUUCCGCUUGCUUUAUUCUUGAUGCCUUGGAAGUGUUUUGCUGUAGACUUGAGCUAUUAAAGCCGUCGUGGUACGUAUUUGCAUUUUCAAAA